AUGGGCAGCCCUGCGGCCGAAGCCUUGGCCUCAUCCAAUGCAGUUGACCGCCCGGCCUCGGGACCAGGGCUGGCCAACUCCCGGAUGCCGCUGGACGCCCGUGUGAAGAAAACCUCCGCGCUGUCGUACGGUGGACCCCGGGCGCAGCCCAGCAAGGGAGAGAUCCCCACGGUGGCGCCUGGCAGCACACGGAGCCUUACCAGUGAGCCCGAGGUCCAGCAAAACAUAACCGACGCAAAUUGUUGCGGGAAGCGGUCCGUCGCCGCUCCGUCGGAUCCGUCCCCAGAGCUGCGUCCCAAAAUGACAGCAUCCCGCAGCGCGAGCUGGAGCCGCGUCUACGUUGUGUCACCUCCAUAUCUCCUGGAAGCGGCACUGCACCGCCAAUUGCCCCUCUCUUCGCCCCCACGACAGUCAUCAUCGGAGACUCCAUCACCAGAGGUAUUCGUUUCUUCAAUGUCACCACACUAUCCUUCCCCGGUGCCACAGCUGCCUAUAUCGCUAAUAAGAUCCCCUCUCUCCUCCGCUCUCUUCCCUCCUCCAUUCGCCGCAUUAUUGUGCACAUCGGCUGUAACGACACAGUGCGUCGGCAGUCUGAACAGACAAAAUGUGAUUUUAAAAGGCUUCUUAACUCCCUAAAAGACUGUGGCAAGUCUGUUUUUAUUAGUGGGCCGCUCCCGACGAUGACGCAGAACUGCGAGCGUUUUAGCAGACUCCUCAGCCUAAACAGCUGGACCAACAUGCUUUGCAACGCCCAAAAUGUUCAUUUUAUUGACAAUUUUAACAGUUUUUGGAACCGGCCUGAUUAUUUUAACAGUGAUGGCAUCCACCUGAACAGGUCUGGCAGAUCCAUCUUAGUUUCCAACAUCCAGUACAGUGUCCACACAAGCGCGCAGAUCGACUGA